CUCUGCAAUGUAAAGGUUGAAGAAUAAAAUAUUUUAUAUUAGUGACCAAUGAUGGUCCAUUCCAAGCCACUUCCUCAGGUGUUCUUGUAGAAGAAAAAUUAUCUCGAAAAUUAUUUCCAAAGUAAUUAUAUCAGCAUAAGACAACAUUUGAAAAGGUCCAACACUUAUUUAAUACACGUAUGGGGUAGUUAGGUCUAUAAAGAUACAACUUUAAACUCCCCGACAAUCAGAAGGCACUUUGGUUGUCCAACUAAUAAGUGCAGAAAACCCCGGAAACAUGUAGAUGUCCUUCCAAUAAUGAAACGGUUGGGAAACAAACUGCUGUAACUCGGCUACCGGCACUUAACAAAGAUUACGCCUCACACAGUCAAGUAAAAUAUUUAAACACUAUUACUUCUUUCUGACAUGAAUCGUAAUGGAUUCAUAAUAACCGCUAACAGUCGGUUGCAGUGCGGUAGUGUUCUGUAGAUUGCUCCACGUGGAAAUCGUAAGCAUUAAUGCAAUAAUUAGCAAACGUUUCUAGAGUAUAUCGAGGGCGAGUUAGGGAAUCGAAACAUGGCUGCCUUUACUGAUCAGAAUAAUUGAAUCGAAGCUGUGAAUGUAUUUGCGAGUUUCGAGCAAUUUGUUUAUAUGGGUGAAAUCAAUAAUAGAUGGUGCUGUGUUUUUCAGUCAGCAGAACAACUUGGACAUGUGUGCCACACGGUGAUUAAGAUCAAUUGACUUCGAAACAUUAGCUAUAAUAUUUAAACCGCUGGGGCUGCGUUGACUGUACAUUGAUAAACAGAACCCUGCCAAUUAGAUUUGGUGAAAUUAUGUUUUGAAAACGGGGAUUACUCGCCAUUAUUAUGACGGGCCACCAGACUGAUGAGGAAGAGGGUGGCGUCAGACAAGACAUAAGAUUCUACAUUGAGGCCUCCAGCGACUCUGAAUGUGAGCUGGGGUCAAGACAACACCUGCAGGCAGACGUCACGUCACCACCACAAGGAGCAGCUCGGGCCACUAGAGGGUGCUCUCCGCCGGUUCUGGCCUUUACCCUCCCCAACCGAGCUUCAAGCGAUGCAUCCUCACUGGACGGCACCCCAAGCCCAACAUCCAGGAGUGGCCUCCGCUCACCGCUUGAUCAGGCCCAGGAGUAUGAUGAUGAACCCCCAGAGGAGUGGAUGUUCCUGGGAGGAGAGGAGAAGGACGGCGACAGAGACAUCCAGCUCAACCUGGGGUGCUGGAUUAGCAGCAGUUCGGAGUUGCACUCUGGAACAGAGGAUGAAGAACCGAAUGCAAAAUCUGCUGUCAAAGACAACUGGGCCAUAAUAGACAAGGACAAGCCACGCCCAUAUCGCUGCAUGACCUCUGACAUCGGCCUCACCUGCCACAACUGUAACAAGACUGGUCACCUGGCCAAGAGCUGCACCUCCCCAAGGAGACGUCCCAGCUGUGUGUUGUGUGGGCUCCAGGGUCAUGUUCAGAGAGGCUGCCCAGGUCGACACUGCCCCAGCUGUGGGCUCCCCUCGCACGGCCACCAGUCCUGCUCUGCCCCUCCUCUCUGGAACCAGCACUGCCAGCGCUGUGGAAUGACUGGCCAUCUAUCAACCGCCUGUCCAGAUGCAUGGAGACAGUUUCACCUCACGACUCAGGAGGAGGUUCCCCUCAGGCCAGACCGUGACCACACCUACAAACGCCACAGACGCCCCGCCCACUGCUACAACUGCUCUGGGAAAGGACAUCAUGGCCACGAGUGUCCUCAGAGGAGAAUGAUCAGUGGUACGUUCCCAACUGUCCCCUACAUCUGCCACUACAACAAUAAGCAGGACAUCCUCAAACAGAAGACCAGGAUACACAGAGAGCCACAGGAAGGUGUCAAGCUCGUGGUAGAGUGCCAGAGGACCUCCGUGACACCAGGGGGCAGCGGUAAGGAAGAGCCCUCAACCGUCCCAGGGAGAAGGAAAAGCCAGGGCGGACGGAGGGAGGGCCGGAGGAAGAAGUGGCCGGAGAAACGCAGAGAGAGACGGGAGGUGAAAAAGCAGAGGAGAGAGGCCCAAGCCAGGAGGGAGGUGGUGGUGACCACACGGGUCUCAGGAGAAAAGGUUCACCCCAGUGACCGUUUUUAUAAACCCCCACAGAGAACACACACCUCGUUCUCAAAAGAGGAGAUGCAGCAAUGAGAGGGAGGGAAAGCGGGAGUGGGAAGAAGAACACGAAGGGCAGAUUUAGAGAGCGGUGUUAUAAGAGAGUGUUGGACCGCGGACCUCUGAAUCCUGAUCGUGUCUUGGGACCCAUGGAUUAGGAUCUCCCCUUUAAAGAAAAGGGUGUGGACUUCAUAAGAACAGUGAUAAUGUCUGUAUUUUCAACUGUAUUUUGUAUUAUGUUUUAGUGGCUGAAGAUUAUUGUAAGGAUUUUUGUAAAUUUUCUGUCUUCUCUCUCACACACUAUGCACAAUAUCUCCCCUACUGAUUUAGAUUUUUAAUAUCACAUUUUCGUAUCUGCCUCAACACACUGUUGCAUUGUACCAGUCUGUGUGAGAGGGGAUGAAAUCUGACCUCUUGGUAAAAAUUAGGUGGUCUUUUACAUGGGAUGUACCAGAUUUUUUGAAAAUGUCCAUUUAAACAUUUAAAACUUUGAACAUGGUGCUAUAAGGUUCUGCAGUCCAAUCACACAAUGCCAGGGUGUCACACAUCACAAAACUGUUCUGAAAUAUAAAGCUGUGGAAAUUACUAUAGCAAACCCCAAAUAUUUUGCAGAUAAAACCUUUGGGUACCUUUUGUUAUCUCUUGAUUGGAAUUUCUAAUCACCUAUAGCCUGCUAUCAGGGUGAAGAAACCAUUUGACAUUAAUACAACAACAAUUUAAAUUAUUUAAGGUGAGACAUUGGGAUAUAAAAGAAGAAUGCACAGCAAAACAGUUCUGAAAUCUGGAGAUGUGAUUCUUAACAUUUCAGGACUGUGCUUUAUGCAGAUGGAAACCUAGUCUCAAGGUCCUGAUAUUUUAGUGAAUGAUGAAUGAGGCAUUAAGCUAGGUCGAUAUUUACUGUAUAUACUCAGUGGCCAUUAGGUACAACCAUCAUGUUGGAGCAUUUUGCCUCAAGAACUAUCUCAUUACUUCAGGUCAUGGAGUCAACAGGUUUUUGAAAUGUUCCACGGGAUGCUGGUCCAUGCUAUUGUCCAAAUGUUCAGUUUUUGUGUUUUUGUACUCAACUGGUGAUGCUUCUUUAGAUCAUAGGAGUGGAACCCGGUGUGGUCAUGUGCUUAAACAACAAUCCAUAAUACACGAAAACGGCGUUCCUGGGACUGACAAUUGUAGAACACUAAUUUCACUUAAGUCAUUCAUUUUGCCCAUUCUAAUGGGCAGGCAAACAAUAACUGAAUGCCUCACUUCCUGCUUUAUAUAGCAAGCCACGGUCACUUGACUCACUGUAGGAGUUAUCUAUAUUGUGAACAGGUAUUGUACCUUAUGAACAGGUCACCGAAUGUAUGUAUAUUACAUUCUUUAUGCCAAACCACCUCCGUUCACUAUACCAAAUUCCUUGGUACUGAAACAAGACUACUGAAUUAUUAACUAGGUUGGUUCCGCCCUGUUGUUCACCAGACAAAACGAAUCAAUGCAGUGAUCAAUUGUUUUCGAGAUAACCAAUAAUUUUGCUUGAAAAUAGGCGUGACCUGUUAUAAAUGUGUAUGUCCAGGUUCGAUACUUUCGAAACGUAUUAUGUAUUUGAGGACCUCUAGACAUUAAACAAAAUGUGUUGGUGUUCUGUACUCGAUUAGAUAAGUCUGACGGAGAUCUGAAAAUCCCAUAUGAUUGAUCUCCACUUACGCUCCCGAAUGACAUCUACAGAGAAAACCCAGUGGGGGAAAGCACAGAAUCACACCAGCGUCAGUCGUAAAUGUACAUUUUGUGGUGGGAUUUAAAUCUUACGAAGACCAGUAUUUAUUUGAAAAACAAAAAGCAUUCGGUUGCUUCUGUCCGGGAUCAACCAACAUCGUCUGAAAAGG